AUUCUCACAUUCUCCUGUUUCUCUAUCAAUAAUUGGUAUUGACCCCAAAGUCUUCUCACAUUCUCCUGUUUCUAGAUCAAACCAUCUCUCAUUUAGAUAACGAUGAGAUCAGAUUGUCUGUAAGAAUUUAGUUGAAGGAGUAGGAGAAGGCAAUAGACAAGAAAAAUCGUCUCUUAUCAUCAACAAUAUUCAGCUUCUUCUUCGUCUUGUUUGCUGAUGCAAUGCAGAAGUCAACUGUUCUUAUGACCUGUAAGUAUUCUCAUAUUCACAUAUUUCUUGAUCAAACCAUCUUUUUAGAUAACGAUGAGCUCAGAUUUUCUGAAGAAAUUACUAGAAGGAGUAGGAGAAGGCAAUAGACAAGAAAAAUCGUCUCUUAUCAUCAACAAUAUUCAGCUUCUUCUACGUCUUGUUUGCUGAAGGAAAACACUAGUCAACUGUUCUUAUGAUCUGUUGGAGAAAAAGGAGAGCACUUCUUGAUUUCGAUUCUUAGUGAUUGAGGAAGACACGAUCUUGUAACUGCCUGAUAUGGCAUCUUCAUCUGCUGUUGCUCAUAAAUGGAAGUAUGAUGUGUUCCUUAGUUUUAGAGGCAAGGAUACGCGCAAUAAUUUUACCAGCCAUCUUUAUGAUGCUUUGUGUCGUAAGAAAAUCAAGACAUUCAUUGAUGAUGGACUUGAAAGAGGAGAAGAAAUUACCCCUGCCCUUCUGAAAACGAUUGAAGAAUCAAGAAUUUCUGUAGUAAUUUUCUCCAAGAACUACGCAUCUUCUCCGUGGUGUGUGGAUGAACUGGUGAAAAUACUUGAAUGCAAAGAGACUUAUGGGCAGAUUGUUUUACCGGUCUUCUAUCAUGUGGACCCAUCUGAUGUUGAUGAACAGACUGGGAGUUUUGGAAAUGCAUUUGCUGAGCUUGAAAAAAAUUUCAAGUGGAAGAUGGACAAGGUGCCAAGGUGGAGGGCUGACUUGACAUACGCAGCCAGUAUAUCUGGAUGGGAUUCACAGGUUACUAGUCCGGAGUCCAAACUAGUAAGAGAAGUUGUGCAAACUAUCUGGAAAAGGUUAAAUCGUGCAUCCCCAAGCAAAUUAAGAGGUCUGGUUGGAGUACAUUCACGUAUUGAGAAAAUCAACAAUUUACUAUCUACUGUGCCAUCAGAUGUACACACAAUAGGAAUUUGGGGCAUGGGUGGUAUAGGCAAGACAACUAUUGCGGAAGCUUUCUUCUAUAGCAUCUCAAGUCAAUAUGAAGGCUGCCACUUUCUUCCGAACAUAAGGCAGGAAUCAGAAAAGGGUCGAUUAAAUGAUCUACGAGAUGAACUUCUUUCUAAACUACUGGAGGAAGAAAAUCUUGGCGUUGGCACACCACAUAUAGGACCUACUUUCAUCAGGGAUAGACUCUGCCAAAAGAAAGUUCUCCUUGUUUUGGAUGAUGUGAAUGAUGUACGACAAUUCCAGUAUUUAAUUGGAGAGCGUUCGUUUGGCGAAGGAAGCGUUGUUGUUGUAACAUCAAGAGACAAGCAAGUACUUAAGAAUGUAGCUGAUGAAAUAUACGAGGUUGAGGAAUUAAACUCCCACGAAGCUCUUCAACUCUUUAGCUUGAAUGCUUUUAAGGGAAACCACCCCCCAAAAGCUUAUAUGGAGUUGUCAAUCACGGCAAUAAAUUAUGCCAAAGGGAACCCAUUAGCUCUUCGAGUUUUGGGUUCCUUCUUAUUCCGCAGAGAAAGACAUUUUUGGGAAUCUCAAUUAAAUAACAUCGAAAGCUUUCCCGAGCUGAACAUUUAUGACUUGCUGAGAAUAGGUUUUGAUGCACUACGUGAUAAUAACACGAAGAGUAUAUUUCUGGACAUUGCAUGUUUCUUUAGAGGGCAUCAAGUUGAUUUUGUAAAGCGGAUACUAGAUGGCUGCGGUUUCAAAACAGAUAUUGGAUUUAGUGUUCUCAUUGACAGGUGUCUCAUUAAAAUUUCAGAUGACAAGGUUGAAAUGCAUGAUCUUUUGCAAGAAAUGGCCCAUGAAGUUGUUCGAAAAGAAUCUCUUAACGAGCUAGGAGGACAAAGCAGAUUGUGGAGUCCUAAAGAUGUAUAUCAAGUGUUGACCAAUAAUCAGGGAACUGGAAAAGUUGAAGGGAUAUUCUUGGAUGUUUCAAAAAUAAGAGAAAUUGAGUUGAGUUCUACUGCCUUGGAAAGGAUGUAUAAACUUAGACUGCUAAAAAUUUAUAAUUCUGAAGCUGGAGUUAAAUGCAGAGUGCACCUUCCUCAUGGCCUCGAGUCUCUUUCUGAAGAGUUGAGGUAUCUCCAUUGGGAUGGAUACCCUUUGACAUCUUUGCCUAGCAAUUUUCGUCCACAGAACCUUGUUGAAAUUAACCUAUCAUGUAGCAAGGUUAACCAACUGUGGAGAGGAGACCAGAAUCUCGUCAAUUUAAAAGAUGUCAACCUCAGCAAUUGCGAGCACAUAACUUUCAUGCCAAACCUUUCAAAGGCCAGAAACCUUGAGAGAUUGAAUCUUCAAUUCUGUACAAGUUUGGUUAAGUUUCCUUCAUCUGUUCAGCAUCUGGACAAGCUUGUUGAUUUAGAUUUGAGAGGCUGCAAAAGACUAAUCAAUCUUCCCAGUAGAUUUAAUUCAAGUUUUCUGGAGACUCUGAACCUUUCUGGUUGUUCAAAUAUCAAGAAGUGCCCAGAGACUGCAAGGAAACUGACAUAUUUAAAUUUAAAUGAGACUGCUGUUGAAGAGCUUCCCCAAUCAAUUGGGGAACAAAGUGGACUUGUUGCGUUGAAUUUGAAAAACUGCAAACACCUGGUUAAUCUUCCAGAAAACAUUUAUUUGUUGAAAUCUCUUCUCAUAGCUGACUUCUCUGGCUGCUCAUCUAUCAGCAGGCUUCCUGAUUUUUCGAGGAAUAUAAGAUACUUGUACUUGAAUGGAACUGCAAUAGAAGAACUGCCAUCUUCAAUUGGUGGUCUAAGGGAACUUAUUUAUUUAGAUCUAGUUGGCUGCAACUUGCUAAAGAAUCUGCCGAGUGCGGUUUCUAAGUUGGGAUGCCUUAAAAAACUUGAUCUUUCCGGUUGCUCAAGUGUCACGGAGUUUCCAAAGGUUUCUAAUACUAUAAAGGAGCUGUAUUUAAAUGGGACAGCAAUACGAGAGAUUCCCUCUUCAAUAGAAUGUUUGUUUGAUCUUGCUGAAUUGCACCUGCGAAACUGCAAACAAUUUGAGAUUCUUCCAAGCAGCAUCUGCAAGUUGAGAAAACUGGAGAGGCUUAAUCUCUCAGGUUGCGUCCAAUUUCGGGAUUUUCCAGAAGUUUUGGAGCCGAUGGUAUGUUUGAGAUAUCUCUAUUUAGAACAGACAAGCAUAACAGAGUUGCCUUCACCGAUUGGAAAUCUGAUGGGACUUGCCUGCUUGGAAGUGGGAAACUGCAAAUAUCUAAAAGACAUCGAAUGUUUUGUUGACUUGCAAUUGCCCGAGAGAUGCGUGGAUUUAGAUUCUUUGCGUAAGCUAAAUCUAGAUGGUUGCAGUCUAUCGGAAGUGCCGGACAGUCUUGGUCGUUUUUCGUCACUAGAAGUGUUAGAACUAAGUGGAAACAAUUUUCAGACUAUACCUAUAAGCAUCAAUAAACUCUUUGAGUUGCAAUAUCUCGGAUUAAGGAAUUGCACGAGACUUGAAUCAUUACCGGAGCUUCCACCACGGCUAUCAAAGUUGGAUGCAGACAAUUGCGAGAGUUUGCAUUAUCUAGUAUCAAGCUCAUCAACUGUAGUUGAGGGGAACAUUUUUGAAUUCAUUUUCACUAAUUGCUCGAGAUCGCGUUGGUUCAAUCAAAUCUUGGCGUACUCAUUAUUGAAAUUUCAACUUUACACCAAAAGGUUAUACCAUCAGCUGCCCGAUGUUCCAGAAGGGGCAUGUAGUUUCUGCCUCCCUGCAAAUGCGACUCCGGAGUGGUUUAGCCAUCAAAGUUGGGGAUCUACAGUAACAUUCCAGCUAUCUUCACAUUGGGCUAAUAGCCAGUUCUUGGGUUUCUCUCUUUGCGCUGUCAUUGCAUUUCAUUCUUUCGGCCAUAGUUUGCAAGUUAAAUGCACAUAUCACUUCAGCAAUGAGCACGGUGAUAGCCAUGAUCUCUAUUGCUAUCUCCAUGGUUGGUAUGAUGAGAAGCGCAUUGACUCAGAACACAUACUCGUGGGAUUUGAUCCCUGCCUGGUUGCUAAAGAAGAUUAUAUGUUUAGUGAAUACAGUGAGGUCUCAGUUGAAUUCCAACUGGAAGAUAUAAAAGGCAAUCUCUUACCAUUGGAUCUUUGUCAAGUACAUAAAUGUGGGGUCCGCCUACUGUAUGAAGAUGAGAUACAUCCCUUUGAUUUGAUCAUGCCAGGCUCCUCUCGUUUUCAUCCUCUGGAGCGAGAUGGAUUGGAAGCAAGGUUCCAAGCCAAGAGAGCAAGGUUCCAAGCCAAUAGAGGGGAGGAUUCUUCUAUCAUGCGUAGGACGUAUGAAUUAUUGGAUUAUGAACUUUAUUCCGAAAGGUUCAGAUUACCCCGGCAUGUGGAGGCAUCUAGUUUCUACCUUCUUGGAGAUGUGAGUCCGGAGUGGUUUAGCCAUCAAAGUUGGGGAUCUAUAGUAACAUUCCAGCUAUCUUCGUAUCGUGAUAGCAGCGAGUUCUUGGGUUUCUGUCUUUGCGCUGUCAUUGCAUCUUAUUCUUUCAAUCCUGAUUUGGUAGUUAAAUGCACAUAUCACUUCCGCAAUGAGCACGGUGAUAGCCAUGAUCUCUAUUGCUAUCUCCAUGAGAAGUUUGAUGAGAGGUGCAUCUACUCAGAUCUCAUAUUUGUGGGAUUUGAUCCCUGUUUGGUUGUCAAAGAAAAGGAUAUGUUUAGUGAAUACAGUGAGGUCUCAGUUGAAUUCCAACCAGAAGAUUUUUACGGCAAUCUCUUCCCAUUAGAUUGUUGUCAAGUGGUUGAGUGUGGGGUUCGUGUAUUGCAAUGAUGGAUUGGAAGCAAUGUUCCAAGCCAAGAGAGCAAAUGUUGCCAGACAAUGACAUGAUAUGGGAUGAUGGUUUUGACGAUGUUACUCUCCCGAUAAAAAAAGAGAAGGCAUAAUUAAUAGGAAACUUGGGUUUCACGGUAGAAAUAAUUUAAUAAUUAUUUUGACAAGGAUAUAGAGGUGUGAAUUGCUGUCCAGUCCAAGAAAAUUUGAAUGUGACAAUUGGGUUUUUCUUUUAUUUAUUUUUAUCAGUGAUGUGUUCUUCUUUACCUUUUGCAAAAUUUGACAAAAUCCAAACUUGAUGGAUGAAAUGGAGAGCAUAUCUUUUAGAGACAACUUUAAUAUAUUAUUAUUCUGUUAAAA